AGAGAGACGGGGAUCGCUGCCUUCUCUUUUCGUCUCUCGAGGAGUCGGCGGAGGAGAUCAGAGAUCCGGCGUCUUCGUAGUCAGAUUCCUUUAAGGGUUUACGCCAUCUUCCGCGAUCUUCUCCUCUCAAUCGUGGUCGAAUAUUGUGAUUCUAUCCUAAUCUGUUCCCUUUUAUGAGGUACAGAAUGGUUCUUUUAGAUCGAGGAAAAACAAAACCCUAAUUUGCUUCCGGAGACCAAUGUUCUUUCUGUAUUAUCUUUGUCUCAAAUUUCUGGAGAACACUCAUUUUUCUUUGGCUCUAACAUGGGCAUUUCAAUGUCUUGACUAUUUAAUUUUAGCUCGAUUUGUCCUGGCUAUUAAUCGGGAACGAAUGUGUUGGUUUCAUCUUCGUUGGUCAAAAACUGGAUUUCUAUCUAGGUAGACAAUGCGGUUAGACAAUGCCGUUUAAGUUGGAAAACCGGAACCUGUGAUUUCGGAUAGUGAAAAAGUUUGAUCUUCACUGAGUUGAAGAAUUGGAAAGGCACGACCUUGAAAUUAUCGUCUAUCGCUUAUAGUGUACAAGAUGGGGGUGAUGUCAAGGAAGGUUUUGCCUGCAUGCGGCAAUCUGUGCUUUUUCUGCCCCUCACUGAGAGCAAGAUCUAGACAACCAGUGAAGCGGUACAAGAAGUUGCUAGCUGAUAUUUUUCCCCACUCUCAGGAUGAAGAACCAAAUGAUCGAAAAAUUGGCAAGUUAUGUGAAUAUACUUCUAGAAAUCCACUUCGCAUUCCAAAGAUAACAAACUAUUUGGAGCAGAGAUGUUACAGAGAGCUGAGAAAUGAACACUUCGGCUAUGUUAAAGUUGUGAUGCGUAUUUACUGGAAAUUAUUGAUUGCUUGCAGGGAGCAAAUGCCACUGUUUGCAAGUAGCUUAUUGAGCAUCAUACACACUCUUUUUGAUCAAUCAAGACAUGAUGAAAUGCAAAUAAUAGGAUGCCAUACACUUUUUGACUUUGUCAAUAGCCAGGUGGAUGGUACAUACCAGUUCAAUUUAGAAGGCCUGAUUCCAAGAUUGUGCAGUCUAGCUCAAGAAAUGGGAGAGGAUGAGAAUGCAUGCUAUUUACGAGCAGCAGGCUUGCAAGCUCUCUCGUCUUUGGUCUGGUUUAUGGGUGAAUUUUCGCAUAUCUCAGCAGAAUUUGACAGUAUUGUUUCUGCAGUCUUGGAUAACUAUGGAGUCCCCAAAAAGAAAUCAGAGAAUGGCCAACAAAGUGAAGAGGGUACGCAGAGCCGGUGGGUACAGGAAGUCCUUAAAACUGAGGGUCAUGUAUCUCCUUCUCCCUUUGUCAUGGCAAGGGUUCCUUCCUGGAAAAGCAUUGUAAAUGAUAGAGGAGAACUUAAUUUGACUACGGAUGAAACAAGAAAUCCCUACUUUUGGUCCAGGGUUUGUGUGCAUAACAUGGCAAAGCUAGCCAAGGAAGCCACUACUGUACGACGCAUUUUGGAGUCUUUGUUUCGAUAUUUUGAUAAUAAUAGUUCAUGGUCUCGGCAAAAUGGUCUUGCUCGGUAUAUUUUACUGGAUAUGCAGUUAUUGAUGGAAAAGGCCGGGCAAAAUACACAUCUGCUAAUAUCAAUAUUGGUCAAGCAUCUUGAGCAUAAGGCUGUUCUAAAACAGCCUGACAUUCAAUUGAGUAUAGUUGAAGUUACUGCUUGUCUCGCUGAGCAGUCGAAAGCUCAGGCUUCUGUAGCAAUUAUAGGCGCAAUAAGUGAUAUGGUGAAACAUUUGCGAAAAUCCUUGCACUGUGCACUUGGUAGUGAAAACUUGGGUGACGACAUCAUCAAAUGGAAUAACAAUUUUCGAGCAGCAGUAGAUGAGUGCAUCAUUCAAUUAUCGAAAAAGAUUGGUGAUGCUGGGCCUGUUCUUGACAUGAUGGCUGUAGUGUUGGAAAAUAUAUCAACCAAUGUGUCCAUGGCUAGGUCAACCAUGUCUGCUGUAUAUCGCAUGGCUCAGAUAAUUGCAUCUGUACCAAAUUUGUCAUAUCAGAAUAAGGCGUUUCCUGAAACUCUAUUUCAUCAACUGCUCUUAGCAAUGGUUCACCCUGAUCAUGAAACACGUGUUGGUGCUCACCGUGUAUUCUCUGUUGUUCUUGUUCCUUCAUCUGUAUGUCCCCAACCUUGUUCGGUGACUCCAGAGUUACUCAAGAACUUUGAUCUCCAGAGAACACUGUCUAGAAAAGUUUCUGCCUUUUCAUCUUCAGCUGCUCUGUUUGAGAAACUAAGAUGGGAAAAGUGCUCCUCAACAGAAAAAACAUACCAACAAAAUAUGAACAGAGUUCCAUAUAGUUAUGACGCACAAGAUAAUAGCGGCAACGAGGCAAAGCUUUUCAAGCUGCAGUCAUCUCAAAGCUGCACUUGCAGCAUGAAGGGCUCUCCACUAGUAAUUGCAGAGAAUGUUAUAUUGAACAAAUCAUAUAAGGACUCAGUUCCUUUAAGAUUGAGCCGUCGCCAAAUAAUGCUACUUCUUUCAUCAAUUUGGGCUCAGGCCAUGUCCCCUGAAAACAUGCCAGAUAACUAUGAAGCAAUAGCUCAUUCUUAUAGUCUAGCAUUGUUGUUUUCUCGAGCAAAGACCUCAAUGCCUGACUCUCUUACUCGGAGUUUUCAGCUUGCCUUCUCUUUAAGAAGCACUUCAAUUGCAGCAGGUCCACUUCCACCAUCACGUCGACGUUCCCUAUAUACUCUCGCAACAGCUAUGCUCAUAUUUUCUUCAAAAGCAUUCAAUAUAGGGCCUCUUAUUCCAAUUCUUAAGUCACCUCUUAAUGAGAAAACGGUUGAUCCGUAUCUCCAAUUGGUUGAAGACAGUAAACUCCAAGCUGUGAAUGCUGCCCCUGAGCAUUGCUCAAGAGUUUAUGGGUCACAAGAGGAUGAUAACAAUGCCUUAAAAUCUCUUCAAGUUGUAGAACUAACAGAAAGCCAGUCUAGAGAAUUCAUUGUUUCACAGAUCAUGAACAGCUUAAGUGAUUUAUCAGAUUCAGAAAUAUCCAUGGUAAGAAAUCAACUGCUAAGCGACUUCUGGCCGGAUGAUAUUUGUCCACUGGGGGCACAGUUCAUGGAAACAUCUAGACAAUUGCCAUUUGAGUCUAAAAAGGAGAACACUCAAGAGGUCACACCUGCAACUAUUUUGGUUGAUGAUGUCUUUCCUGAAGCAUUUGAAACAGUGCCAGACUCAUUAAAGUUGACCAGCAAUUCAUCCAAUCUUCUCAGUGUUGAUCAACUUUUAGAGAUGGUCCCGGAUACAACAUUACAAGUUGGAAGAUUUUCAGUGUCAACCACCUCUGACGUACCAUUCAAAGAGAUGGCUGGUCACUGCAAGGCUCUUGUGAUGGGAAAGCAUCAGAAGAUGUCUGUUCUUACAGGUGCUCAACAAAAACAUGAUAUCUUGCUUGGUGGCUCCUCAACAGAUCAAAAUGGUGACAAGAUGUCCUCAUGCUUCAAUGUUGACCAACCUGGAAAGAGUGACAAUCCUUUCCUUGAUGAGAAAUUGAAUUUAGAUGUACAGAAUCAGUUUGGUGGCAACAAUAUGAUAUUAUACCAGUCCCAGUGCCUCAGGCUUCCGGCUUCAAGCCCAUAUGACCACUUCCUGAAGGCUGCUGGCUGUUAGAGCUGUCGUACGAACUCUGAAGGAGGGCCAGAACUCUCGGCCCCUUGUAGAUGUCGUCAGUGUAAAGUUUUUCCCAACUGGAAGCUUAUAAGAUUUCCUUUAGGAUGAUGGUUUCCACCAUUUUGUUUAGUUAUACAGGAAUCUUUGUUUCUGUUGUCAUGGAGAUGGGAGAUCCCAUUUGUUCAUUCUUUUCGUACCUAGAUCUGGUCGAGGACUCUGGAAAACAAGAAGGUUUUCCAAGUAUUUUUUAUUCUGAUGCGGAAUCAGAGCAGCUUAAUUUGUCGAAUCGUGAUGCUUAUAAACAUUCAUCGUGUUGUAUUGGAGUGGAUGAUCUUUGCCAAAAUUUGGCUCCUGGUUUACAUGGUCAGUUUUUCCCAUGAACAGUUUGAAGGUCUACACACCCCAUGACUGUUUCUUUUCCCCUCCCCUUCCAAUUGUGCAAGAGUUGAAAACUUUCAACUUUAUGAUUGCACAAGCCCUAAGCCAGUCAACUUGGCCUUUGGUUGUCGACAA